AGAAGAAGAGCAGCGCACACAAUGCACUGCACGACUGACAAGGGUUGUGUCUCCCUCAUUUUAACGAUACAUUUCCAAUACAGUAGCAACUUUUGAAAGAACUGCGUUGGAAAAGGUCUGUUUUUUUGUGCCGAAACUUCCGCUCUGGAAUCAAUGCAAACCCGAGAUGAUGGCUAAUGUUACAACCUUUUCUGAUCAUUGGAUUAUACAGACUGCAUGAACAGGAGCUGCCCAGCCCAACGGGGGCUCGUCUCAUACCCUGGAAAUCAAAUCCGAGGCUUCUGGAUUUGGGCCUUGAUUUUUUUUUCUUGUAAUGGAGAAACAGUAGAUGGCGAGUUGUGUGUGAAAAAGUAAAUUGGUAUUUUGUCAGCGUUUAAUGUUUUAAAAUAGCCAAGUUUUUUUUCUCCGUAAACAUUUAGGGACUCCUAUGUGUGGCUUAGCUCGCUAACAGCUGGAUCGACGCUAGCUAGCCAAAGUGCUAACAUUACGUCUUUCUUUUGAUCUGAUGCGAAUUCAACCAUCACCAUCGGCCAAGAACAUCUCGGCAGGAAAAUAAUUUAUUAAUCUGGCAAAUGGAUAUUAGUUAACUAACCAGCUGAAUAGUGGACUUACCGAUUUUUGUGGUUACGCUUUAAAAACACAGUUAUAUUAUCGGAUUGUUGUCCGAAAUUUCUGUACGGUGUUGUGUUAGCAUUUAGAAUCUAAAUGCUACCAGUGAGCUAAUUUGGCAGAAGUCAACACAAACCUGACGCCAAAAAGCUUUACCACCUAAAAGCAAGUCGAAAGCUUUAAUUAAUGGAAAAUUGGACGCUAACUGUUAGCUGCCAAUAUUAACACGUUAAAUUUAACCUCAAUGUAAAAUGACACCACCGCGGUGUUUAAUGUCAUAAAUCGGUUAUUGCUAACUUACUAACCGUAUCAUUUUUUGGCUAGUAUACUUGUCAGCAGAAAUACAUUUUUUCCCAGAAUGUUGUAUUUAAAAAUUAAAUCGUAAACGGGCUUUUAAAUAGUUCAUCUUCGUAUGGGUAUUUGGUCUUAUUCGUAUGCUAGACCCGUAGACUUGUCUUUUUUGUUUACAUACGUCUAACUUCAGUGGGUUACAGGCUCCUGUGCUAGCCAGCUAAUAUUAGCUUUCUUUGGGAGACUGCCAACUAUCACCUGACGACUGUUCUUUUAAAUGUCGAGGAUAUUUAAAGUUCUUAUGUGGAUUUGUAUUCAGAUUUAUUGAAAUGACACUUAAAAUUCGCAGAAAGAAAGGCACCAAUGCCAGCAGACUGUUGUCAGUGGACGAUAAGUAAUAGUCACUGCUUUCAUUAACGCCAUUUUAACAGGGGCUUCCUGCGAGGGCCUGCCCUGUGUGUUGGUAUUUUAUUUUCGUUUACGUUCGCGGUUUGGUGCCUUCCACCGGACCAGGACUUGCAUAAAGUGCCUUUGUUUGGUUCCAUUGGAGUUGGAAAAAAGACGUGGCGCUUGAACAUGGAAGGCCCGAGCAGAAGCAGUGGGUCAAGACAGAGCCGCCGGUCCCGAUCACAGCGAGACAGAGAGCGGCGGAGGAGAGUGGACCUGGCCGAGGAGCGGGCCACGUCCAUGUCCUCCGGCUCUGAUCGAGAGGCUUGUGGCGCAAACAGUGUCAUCGGUCCCGGUGGGAGAGAUGGCCGGCCAGGCUUUGGGAGACACAAGCCUCCUCGUCGGAGGAAGAAAGAGUCUGUGUCCUGCGAGGAAGACAUCAUCGAUGGCUUUGCUAUCGCGAGCUUUAUCAGCUUGGAGGCACUCGAGCUGGAUUGUUCCCUAAAGCCUAGUCAGCGCAGCGACAUGCUUGGAAGGAGAAACAAGGGGAAACGAGGUCCUGAGGAGAACGGUGGAGGUCCGCUGUCAGAGCCUGACGAAGGGGCCCCACACAGCUACUCCGGCAUCUGCUGUAAAAAGAGUGGUCACAAGAGAAGAAAGACUGAGGGCCCGCAUUUGGAAACUGGCUACAUUUGUGACACUGAGAGUGAUGCUGGAGAAAAGGCUUCUGACAAUGACGUAGAUCCAGUGUUCACUGUCAGCACCAGUAAAGUUGCUGAUCCUGCUUCUUCAAACAAAAGCUGUCCGCCUCUGCCGGCUCGCUGUGGGGUUGCAUCUCGUUUAAUGGUGACCCCGCUGGUCUCUGGCCUUGAGCGCAGUCAGGAGAAAAGCCAAGAGUCGCACUUCCCAGAAUCUGUGUCUUCUUCUACCUCUUCUGCCCCUUUCUCUUGCCUGCCUUCCAAUUCGCCGGCCACUGCAUCGGUCACACGGCCCAGCCCCAUCAACGGCAACAGCAGUCGUCACAAUGGCAGCCCGCCCCUUUCUAAACCCAAACCUUUCGUACAUGGAGGAUCUCACUCCAUUUACAACCUUAACAACAGGAGCAGCACCCCAAUCAAGCCUCCACCAUCUGCUUUGUCUUCCUCGUCUUCUAUGCGCCCCCCAACUCCCUCAACUAGCGUGUCUCUGCCCUAUAACCGGGGCUCAGGUUCCUCAGGGCCCCUGCGACCCCCAUCCCGAGCCAGCUCUGGAGCCUUGUUCACGUCCUCUCCGGGACUUCCUCCCCCUCCGCCUCUCCUUCAAGGUCCUGUCUACUCAUCAGCAGAUCGUGAAGGCAGACGGAGCGCUCCAGGGCAAGAAAAUAACGGAACAGCAGUGGGCCGCUCCAGUCCAGGUGGUCCAUCUGUUUCAAGUUCUUCAUCAAGUUCAUCAAGCCGCACAUUGCAGAACCAGCUGGGGAUUCAACCUUUGGCCUUCCAGGUCCAUCAGCACAACCACCAGCACCAACACACGCACACGCACCAACACUUCACACCCUUCCUGCCAUCCACCGCUACUGCACCGCCUCUGUUCGAUAAGUUUCCAGGCAAAAUUGAUGCACUGUACCCUAACACUUUCUUCCAACAAUACCCGCCACCCUCUGUGCCAAAUAUGUCCCCUGUGAUUCCUCCCACUGGACAUUUUGGCUCCUUGGCGGGGGCCUUUCAGCCAAAGCAUCUUGUCCCUCAGGGAACCGCUCCUGACAUGACACGGCUUGGGGUUGUUCCUCACCAUCUGCAGCCUAAAGACCAUAGGCUUACUGAUCCAUUUGGGACAUCGUUGAAAAUCAGUAAUAAACCAGGAAAAUGGUGUGCUAUGCAUGUAUAUGUGGCCUGGAUGAUUCUAAACCAUCAGAAAAAAGUAAAGCUGAUGCAGGCUGAUCCUCAUAAAUUGGACUUCCGCGGCGACCUGCUAGCCCGAUUUCCUGGACCUGGGGGACUGGGCCAACUCGGACCCAUGGGAAGAAGUCUGCCUCCAACCCAUGACUUAACCAGACCUCCCAGUCUGUUCUCAGCCACAGGUGGAGUCAAUCCGUCCGCAGGUCCUUUCAUCUCUCAAUCAGCACCACAUUCCUCCUUUCUUCCGCCCACCGCACACUUGGAUCCUUACGGCAGAUCUCCACCUUUCACUCCACUGGGAAACCUGGGUUCAAGUGCCUUUGGAGGACUUGGCAGCCCGACUCUGGCUGGCUCUAUGUUUGGCCCUAAAGACCCUCCACCUGGUGUGGUUGGAGGCCUACCCACCUCCAAUCAUCAUGAUCCUUGGAACCGUCUACAUGGUGGCCCUUCUGGUUUUCCUGGAGGCCCCAGCUGGGCUAAAGGAGCAGAGAAGAGGGAAGAAAGGGAUCGAGCAAAGGAUGGCGAGAGAAGAGAAAUUCCCCAUAUCAAGGAUGAAAAAGACCGGGACAACAUGCUGUACGGCCGACAACCUGUGAGGAUGUCUCCAGUUGCCCCCUCUUUUAAACCUCGAAGUAGCACCCCAGUCCCCCACAUCAAUGGCCACAGCAGUACUCUUGGAGGUAGCAGUGGGCUACUCGAGGACUUGACACGCAGCUUUAACAGAGACAGAGACCGCGAGAGAGACAGAGAUGGGGACAAGAGGACAGUACCAACGAUGUCUUCAAGGGGUCCACUUGGUUCUUCGUCUUUAGUAGCAGACCGGGACCGGCCGCGUUCUUCCUCAUCUUCCGUGCUCACUACUCCCCCGCCCUCCAACCGCUCAGUCCCAUCUCCUCUGGACCUUUAUCCACGGCCACAGGGCCAAAUGUCUCACAGUUUUAACAGUGAACCCUUACACUCCCAAAGGGACAGUAAUCUUCCCUCUUCAUCUGCAGCCUCUUCCUCUAUUGCUUCUUUGUCUCAGGGCAAGAAGUCUGACCGGACCACCACACCUGUGUCCAAGCCCCCUCUACUUCUCCCACCAGUCAAAGUAAAAGAGGAGCGGAAAGAGGAGCCAGAGCACAUCCCUAUCACCCUUCCUCCUCCAGCACCUAGCCACAGCUUUGAGAGACCCAACAGCCAUCCACACCACCCCAGUUCCGGAACCCCUUCUUCUUCAUCGUUGUCACUAACUCCCACUCCUGGCAUUCCUAUCCCCCCACCCACUCCUAACCCCCCCUCACAUCAACAACUUGUGCUUGAACACAAAAGGGCCAUUGAGGCAUACCUGGGGAGUACAGCGGGCGCUGCUGGUCUCGUAAUCGGCCCAGGAGGGGAACGUUUUGCUCCAGGACCAUCACAGGGUCCCCAUAGCUACACCUGGGACCCAUGGAGAGAAUUUGCCCCUCAGCACCAACGUCGUCGGGAGGCUAUGGCGCUUCAUCCCGAUCCACACUUAGCCCUGCGAACCGACCCACACCUGGCUCGUCUUCUCCAGCAUCAGCGCAUUAUGGAGGCUGAAAGGGUUGCAGCAGCUGUGGGCGCCCCUCAACACCCUCCAACUUCUACCUCUAAUGCCUCCUCUGCUGUGGGGCCAGAGUUUGGCCUGAUGGCCCACCACUUUGAUCGCCCUCCUCAGCUUGGACCGCCGGGUGGUGGGCUGAUGGAUGAGGAACAGCGAGCACAGAUAUUGAGGCACGACUAUGAACGGGCACGCUACUUUGGGAUUCACUCGCACCUCCCCCCCGGCGCCCACCUUUCAAGCUCUUCUCAUGCUGCUGCCGCCGCUCAUCUGGAGCAGCUCCACCUUGGCCUUCUCACCCAUCCUCUUCCUUCAGGAGCUGCUUCCCAGCACCACGCCAGCCUGUACUCACGCCUAGGUCCAAUUAACCCACAACACAUGCCUAAUGGAAUCCUUACAAAAACUGCUGCAGGCUUGGUGGGAGCACUCUCCGUGGGGGCACCCCCUCCCCUCAUUCCAUCCAUUGCCAACCGAUCGUCCACCCCGCCCCGCAGUUCAAGACUCGGAGUGCCAGGUGACCUGGCCCUGUACAGCACCCACAAAGAUGGAGAGUCUAGAUAGUACAGGGACAACCACGGUGGAGAUUAAGGGAAAUGUCAGGAUCACUGUGCUGCUCUCAACCUGCCCCUUUUUCCUCUUGCAGACUACUAUACCCUGUGUCCCCAGUUACACAACCAGACUGUUUCCAGUAUCCAGAAAAGAUGAACUUUGAUUGACUGGAGGUUGUGCGAGUGAGGAAAAUGCAAGACUCAAAACAAAAUCCCUUUGAUUCUAUCAGUCUCAUUCAAUGAGACAUGUACAUCCACUCCUUUAAACAUAUUUUAUGCGGGCUUUAGGUAAAACAACUGUCAAAUUUGAAAGCUGUAAGCAAGGCAAAGCACAGCUUAUUUUUUAAUGCAUCAGGUAAAUUACAAUCCAAACUUUUAAGAAAGCCUUUUCAAGGUGGAUUGAAAAUUACUCCAGGAACAACACAUUGAAGAUGUGUUUAAACUGAUCUUGUUUAUAUAUGAGAAAUCCUAUUGCCCUUCUCAGCAUACUUCAGGUAUUUUUGGGUGAAGGUUUUUACAAACAUGCAUGUAGGAUUGGUGCUUUAUUAUGUUUCCCUCUGUCGUUGUGAAAGACAUAAUGCCGGUUGGGCCAUUUAGUUUCGAUCUGUAAACAGUGUACCUCAGUUUCCUACCUUUGCUCUAGACCUUCACUCAUGUGAUUCAAAGUUUUUUUUUGUGUGGUUUUUUCUCUCUCAAAAAGGAUGGAGGAAAAAUAAACUGUGCUACACUGUGAGCGAACACAGUAUUUUAGAGCUUCCUGUAACUGAUUCCCAGUCUCCCCUUGACUAUAUGAGCAGGACCAGAUUAUAGUAGUCUAUAGAAAAUGCCUUUGUAAUUAUUAUUCUUAAUAUUAAUUAUCUUCUAUAAUAAUAAAUAUAUUCACUGUUAUGUUAUUUGUCAUUGUUUUGGGUAUCAACCAGCACUCUCUCCCCAGUUAGUAUAGUCUCAAAUCUUGCAAGACUGCAAGAGGCUCGCUUCACAUGAAAAAUUUGUGAACAUUAAGCCGUAUCCAUUGCAACAUCUUGCAUCUUAAAGAACUGUUUUGCAACCAUGAAGCUAAGAGCGAGGUUUGUUUGUGUGUCCACUGGUUGUGUGCUGUCUGUUGAGACUAUAGCCUUGUACAUUGAACUGUCAAGUUGUGUCUUUUAAAAAAGGAAAAAAAAAUUAUAUACAAUGCUUAAGUGAGACAUUUGCUGAAAAAGGCGUGGAAAAAAGGAUGUCAGAAAGGCAACUACACAGUGGGUAUUCUGUGAGGGAAAAGACUGGGUCGAUUAUUUUAAUAUGACCAUUUUAUACCUUGCAGACCUUCCCCCUAGAGACCACAAAGAUUAAUUAUUAAAUGAACUGUUGUUUA